AUAAACUGCUUUUAUUUGAUAGCUAUAGUAGAUUAUGUACGUAUUUAUUUAAAAGAAGUAAAAUCGGGGAAGUGUUCAAUAAUUCUACUACCUAAAAUAGCAGUGUGAAUAUUAAAACAACAAGCUUCAUUUUUCUGCCGGUGUUGUGUCUUGUCCUGAGAUAUCAGACAAGGCCUUGAAUCCUCUCCCAGGCUAUACUUUGUCAAUGACCCCACAGGCACCCUUCCCAGAAGGCGAGGCGAGAGAUGCACAGGAAACGCAAGGCCCCAUGGGAGACUGAGCUAGGCGCUGUCACCAUGGAGAACUGACUUAGUGAAUCAGGCUCUUAAAGGGCAAAGCAGGGAGUCGCUGGCUUGGACUAACCCAGCUGGAGUGCCCUCCUUUCCUCAUGCUUCAUUCCAGCCUAUCACACUCAGGAAGAAACGUGGAGGGUGGGGCAAUACCUCUCCUGAGGUGAAUAAGUCAAGACCUCUUUUUACCUUCACCACCAUGUGUGUCGGUCCCCAAGGACUCCUACUCUAACCCUUUCUCUGCAGCUUGGUAGGAGGGAGAAGGCAAAGCACUGACCAGUCCUAACUCCAUCCUCCUCAUGCAAGGAAGGGAAGCAAGUCUGAGAACACAAGAUGAAGCCCUGCUGUGGUAGCUCUCUACAACAUUCUUUCUGUAAUCCAUUUGAAAAACUGGUCUACUUCCUGGAUUGUUCUUUCUAACAAAAAAAUUGAAUUUUACAAAGAAUCCAAACAACAGGCUCUGUCCAGUAUGAAAACUGGGCACAAACCAGAAAGCGUGGAUUUGUGUGGAGCACAUAUUGAAUGGACCAAGGAAAAAUCAAGCAGAAAGAAUGUCUUUCAGAUCACAACAGUAUCCGGAAAUGAAUUUCUUCUACAGUCAGAUAUUGACUUCAUCAUAUUGGAUUGGUUCCAAGCUAUCAAAAAUACAAUUGACAGAUUGCCAAAGGAUCCAAGUUGUCCAUCAAGAAAGUUAGAAUUAUUCAAAAUCCAGAGAUCCUCUAGUACGGAACUGUUAAGUCAUUAUGAGAGUGAGAUUAAAGAACAGAAACCUGAGCACAGAAAAUCUUUAAUGUUCAGACUGCAUCACAGUGCUUCGGAUACAAGCGACAAAAAUAGAGUUAAAAGCCGAUUAAAGAAGUUUAUUACCCGAAGACCUUCCCUGAAAACUCUGCAAGAGAAAGGACUUAUUAAAGAUCAAAUUUUUGGCUCUCAUCUGCACACAGUGUGUGAACGUGAAAAUUCCACAGUUCCACGGUUUGUAAAGCAAUGCAUUGAAGCUGUUGAAAAACGAGGUCUAGAUGUGGAUGGAAUAUAUAGAGUCAGUGGCAAUCUGGCAACAAUCCAGAAGUUGAGAUUUAUUGUCAACCAAGAAGAGAAGCUGAAUUUGGACGACAGCCAGUGGGAGGACAUCCACGUUGUCACCGGAGCACUGAAGAUGUUUUUCCGGGAGCUGCCUGAGCCGCUCUUCCCUUACAGUUUUUUUGAACGGUUUGUGGAGGCGAUCAAAAAGCAAGACAACAAUGAAAGGAUCGAAACUAUAAAGUGUCUCGUACAAAAACUUCCUCCACCAAAUCGUGACACCAUGAAAGUUCUCUUUGGACAUCUCACUAAGAUAGUGUCCAGAGCCUCCGAAAAUCUCAUGUCCACCCAGAGUUUAGGGAUUGUGUUCGGUCCCACCCUCCUGAGAGCUGAACAUGAAGCGGGAAACAUGGCGGUCCACAUGGUGUACCAAAACCAGAUAGCGGAGCUCAUGCUGAGCAGCUACAGUGAGAUCUUCGGCUUGGCGGAAGACUGACAGACAAGACGAGUUACAGAACAUGUUCACAUCUGUCUUGAUGCCUAAUAUUUUUACAUUUCUGUAAACAUAUUUCUGAAAUAUUUUUUGCCUUUCAAGUGACAGAUGCCUCAUUCUGUGAAAACUUAACGAUGAUUUUGUGUUUAAGUUCCAAACAUUUGAAUAAAAUAAUCAACAAUA